CACCAUGGCAACCACGGGCAUGCAGUUGCUGGGCCUAAUCCUGUCCAUUGUGGGCUGGGUGGGUGGGGCAUUAGUCUGUGCCAUCCCCCUGUGGAGGGUCACUGCCUUCAUCGGCAACAACAUAGUGACGGCUCAGAUCAUUUGGGAAGGUCUUUGGAUGAAUUGCAUUGUCCAGAGUACAGGUCAGAUCCAGUGUAAGGUGUACGACAGCUUGCUAGCUCUGCCCAGUGACAUGCAGGCUGCCCGGGGCCUCACUGUGUUCUCCAUCCUGCUCUGCGGCCUGGCUCUGGCUCUGGGGGUCCUGGGAGUCAAGUGCACCAAGUGUAUCGGCGUAAACAGCCUCAAGGCCCGCAUUGCUCGCAUCUCUGGAGCCCUUUUCGCUAUUGCAGGGUUCCUCUACCUUGUGCCCGUCUGCUGGACUGCCCACUCCAUCAUCAGGGAUUUCUAUGACCCACAUGUGGCAGCUCCACACAAGCGCGAGCUUGGCCCUGCCCUUUACAUCGGCUGGGGGGCCUCAGCCUUGCUCCUUAUUGGAGGAUCUCUGCUCUAUGCCGGGUCAAGUCCUCCUGGCAUACCAGGCUCUCCCACCUUCAGCAGUGGAGAAAGCAGUCCUCGCAGGGCACCUGCCACACAGGUCAAAGGUUAUGUCUAAGUUCCCAAAAUGUCUGAAUGCCUUCAAGUCUCACAAGUCCACCCCAAACAAUGACAAACCUGUUUUUUCUCCUCUUGAUUUUGCUCCUUGUAAUUAUUUUAUAUUUAAUGUUAUUCCAGUUUGCUUUUUUCUUUGAAAAGCCGCCGGAGGCUGUUUAGGGAAAAUUGAACUCAUUUUAUUAUUUCAUACCUGAUAUCCUCAAAUAACCUUUUUUCUCUGUCUGUCAGUGUAAAAUACAAUAAAAAUUUUUGGUUGUCCAAAUCCUCUACUGAA